AUGGCUUCAGAAAAUCAAGAAAAUGUCACCUUUCUGAAGAGAAUUGGUGGGUGGCUCAAGGGCAUUUUGGGAAGAACUGUACAUGCUGUGAUAAACACUGCAAAAGAUGCCAAGAGGCUCGGAGAAGAAGAUCCCAGAAGAAUUGUGCACUCCCUCAAAGUGGGAUUGGCCAUAACUGUGGUGUCUUUGUUCUACUAUUUCGAUUUUCUGUAUCAAGGGUUUGGGGUUAAUGCAAUGUGGGCUGUCAUGACUGUGGUUGUUGUUUUCGAAUUUUCUGUGGGAGCAACUCUUGGAAAAGGGGUAAACAGAGGAAUUGCAACGUUAUUAGGUGGUGGGUUAGGUGUUGUGGCUCAUCGGUUAGCAAGUUUUGCAGGGGAAAAGCCAGAAAGUAUCAUACUUGGGCUAUCUGUUUUCUUGAUAGCUAGUGUGGUAACAUUCGUUCGAUUUUUCCCGAAAAUGAAAGCGAGAUACGAUUAUGGGCUGCUUAUAUUCAUCCUCACAUUCAGCCUGAUAUCUGUGUCGGGCUAUCGGCAAGACGAGGUGCUGGACACGGCCCACCGGAGGCUGUCCACGGUACUUAUAGGCGGCUCGGCCUCUAUCCUCAUUUGCAUAUUCAUAUGCCCGACUUGGGCCGGCGAGGAUCUUCACAAACUCACUGCUGCCAAUAUGGAAAAGCUUGGGGCUUUCUUGGAAGGUUUUGGACGAGUAUACUUCCCGGAGCCGAACGAUGGGAACCUAGAGAACAAAAUGCCCAAGGAUGAAUACAAGAGUGUUCUCAACUCAAAGGCCAUUGAGGAUACUUUGGUAAAUUUCGCGAAAUGGGAACCUAGGCACGGUAAAUUUAGGUACCGUCAUCCUUGGGACCAAUACCUCAAGAUCGGGUCCUUAACCAGAGAAUGCGCGUUCAAGAUCGACUCACUCAAUGCCUAUCUCAAAUCAGAUGUUCAGACUUCGCUCGAAAUCCGAGAAAAAAUCAAAGAACCGUGCGUGAAAAUGAGUUCCGAGUGCAGUUAUGCCCUGAGGGAACUAUCAGUCGGGAUCGGGAAGAUGACCCGUUCGUUGACAGCCGACAUUCACGUUGUAAAAGCAAAGGCGUCCGCCAAGAGGCUCAAAGCCCAACUGAAAACGGGCCUUUGGCUCGAUACUGAUCUGCUGGACAUAGUCCCGGCUGUCACGGUUGCUUCGCUGCUGAUCGAGAUCGUCUCGUGCACGGUGAAGAUAGCUGACUCGGUUCACGAACUCGCCUCGAUGUCGAAAUUCAAGAUGCCCGAUGCGAAGAUGACUAAGCAACUGAGCCUGGAAAGGGUGGUUUCUAGGACUUUUAUCCCGGCUGUCACGGUUGCUUCGCUGCUGAUCGAGAUCGUCUCGUGCACGGUGAAGAUAGCUGACUCGGUCCACGAACUCGCCUCGCUGUCGAAAUUCAAAAUGCCCAAUGCGAAGAUGACAAAGCAACUGAGCCUGGAAAGGGUGGUGUCUGGGAAUUUUAGUAUUGAAGGAUCACACAAUGUUAAUAUCAUAGUUGAAUGA